AUGAGCCCCGAAUCCCCUGACUGGGCACCGGCUGACCCUGAACUAACCACCUCACUCAUUGUGGAGUUACCGGUUACCGACAUUGCAAUGCCGCAUGAUUGGACCAUUGUUCCGGAAGGGUGCUUGGAAGUUCCCAGGGCCCAACCGCUGCCUGGAUUAGGAGAAUCUCCACUUCUCCUAACACUGGAAGCCCAGCAGGAAGGCCAGAUAACUUCUGGCGAGAAAGAACCCUUUUCCCUGACUACGCCUGACCCCCAGGAGGACAUUGAUUUGUUGGCGUUCCAUGGAAACAAAUUGUACAGCCCUCCGGAGUCUUUCGUCCCACUCGACCUCACAGGUAAAGAGUACGCACCAUCGAGUGAACCCGUCCACGAGGACGAUCCAGAAGGCAUCUUCCCUUUAACUCUGGGACAGAUACCCUACUUAGCCGAGCUAUUGGAUUUUGAAGCGGACCUGCUCAAUGGGGCCGCAGACCUUCCAACAUAUUCCCUUUUCUAUGAAUUCCAGGAGGUACCCCUUGGCACUGGGGACUUGGUGUAUGCUGCAGGUCUCGAAGACGAGCCUUUGGUGAUCUUCCCGUAUGUGGACACGCUUCCAGCAGGGGAUGUAACUCUGACUCCCCAACCGUGGGUCCGGCUCUGCGCGGCACACAACCACCCCCGUUCGAGCGAAUUCACGGAUGCCGACGAGGUCUUCUUUGAGGAUCAUGCCCACUUCGUGAUCAAUGCCGCCGGUACGCUCACCCAACUACGAAGAGCAUUCUGUUUUGCUGCUUCCUCUGCGUUCCGCCAGGAAUUGCUCGCCACAUGGAAACUCAAGCAUGACUCGUUUCAGCUAACUGAGCUGCCAGCCCCACCCCAGGCUGACCCAGUCUAG